UUUCCUCUUUAAGCCUGCCUGGGGUUUAAGCGAAUUCAAACGUGACACGAAUCUGAUCCUAUUUAAUUGAUCAGAAACGCGGAGGACCCAUAUCUGAUUCCAUUGAAUUGGUGAUUUCAGCUCUGUAUUAUCCAAGAUUGAGAUAAUUUGGUGUACUUCAUGGCAUCAAGAGCAGGCGAUUCGAUUAAGCCUCGAGAUGUAUGCAUUGUUGGUGUUGCGCGAACACCAAUGGGGGGCUUCCUUGGUUCCCUCUCAUCUUUAUCUGCUACAAAGCUUGGUUCUAUAGCUAUCAAGGGUGCUCUUGAAAGGGCAAAUGUUGAUCCGUCACUUGUUCAAGAGGUUUUCUUUGGAAAUGUUCUCAGUGCAAAUUUAGGUCAAGCCCCUGCUAGGCAGGCUGCUUUAGGUGCUGGAAUACCUAAUCCUGUUGUUUGCACAACUAUUAACAAAGUAUGCUCAUCGGGAUUGAAAGCAAUAAUGAUUGCUGCACUUAGCAUUACAUCGGGUGUCAAUGAUGUUGUGGUGGCUGGCGGGAUGGAAAGCAUGUCUAAUGCACCGAAAUAUUUAGUACAAUCUAGAAAAGGAUCUCGGUUAGGACAUGAUACUAUUAUUGAUGGCAUGAUUAAGGAUGGACUAUGGGAUGUUUACAAUGAUUUCGGGAUGGGGUUAUGUGCCGAACUGUGUGCUGAUCAGUAUAGUUUCACAAGGGGAGAGCAGGAUUCUUAUGCUAUUCAAAGCUUUGAGCGAGGAAUUGCUGCACAAAGCAGUGGUGCAUUUGGAUGGGAAAUAGUUCCGGUUGAAAUUUCUGGUGGUAGAGGGAAGCCACCUAAUAUUGUUGACAAAGAUGAUGGUUUAAGACAGUUUGAUGCCUCUAAAUUGAGAAAGCUUAGACCUAGUUUUAAAGAAGGAGGUACCGUCACUGCCGGCAAUGCUUCUAUCAUAAGUGAUGGAGCUGCUGCACUGGUGCUGGUGAGUGGAGAAAAGGCACUUAAACUUGGGUUGCAAGUAAUUGCCAAGAUCAGAGGAUAUGCAGAUGCUGCUCAGGCACCCGAGUUAUUUCCAACUGCUCCAGCACUUGCGAUACCAAAAGCAAUUAGACACUCUGGUUUGAAGACUUCUGAUGUAGAUUAUUACGAAAUAAAUGAGGCUUUUUCUGUUGUCGCCCUUGCCAACCUAAGACUGCUCAAUCUUGAUCCUGGAAAACUGAAUGUACAUGGAGGAGCUGUGUCUUUGGGACAUCCCCUGGGCUGCAGUGGGGCUAGGAUCUUGGUAACGUUGUUAGGGGUGCUGAGGGAAAAGAAUGGAAAAGUUGGGGUUGCCGGAGUUUGCAAUGGAGGAGGAGGAGCAUCUGCCCUUGUUGUAGAGCUCAUGCCUGAAGCGAAGAUGGUACGACCAAAGCUGUAAAAACUGGCACUGCUGUUUAUGAUACAUUCCUUGGCACAACUUACCAGGGAUACAGGAAGAAUGUAGCUUGAAGGGUUCAAACAAGGAAGGAUUCAGCUGUUAGAUUGUUCUUAUUAUUUAGCUUUUGUUAGCGUUGCUGAAUUCUGUAUUUAAAUAACAAGUGUUGCAAAUAAAGAGAAUAGGCUUGAUAUUGGCAAUUAGAAGAUUUGGGAGAAGGUGAAACUAAUAAAAAUUCCUCAUGUGCUUUUUUGUUUACUUU